AAAUAAAAAAUACAAAGGAAAAAAAACUAAAAAAAGAAAAAAAUUAUAAAAAAAAUAUGACAUCCAGACCAUAAGUACACGUCUACGACGCUAACGAAACCAAAAAAUAAGUAGGAUCAGUAGCCCUUCCAGUUGUUUUUACCGCACCAAUUAGAGUUGAUAUAGUGCAAAGAGUACACACUGAUUUGAACAAGAAUCGUCGUUAAGUUCACGGAGUAAAGAUCUCUAAAAAAGGAACUGCUGGUAUGGGACAUUCUGCUGAAUCAUGGGGAACAGGUCGUGCAGUAGCUCGUAUUCCCAGAGUAGGAGGAUCAGGAACAAACAGAUCAGGAUAGGGUGCAUUCGGUAACUAAUGUAGAAAAGGUAGAAUGUUUGCUCCUUUGAAGACUUUCAGAAGAAUCCACAGAAGAGUUAAUGUAAACUAAAAAAGACACGCUGUUGCUUCUGCUUUAGCUGCUUCAGCUUUAGUCCCUUUAGUAUUGGCAAGAGGUCACAGAGUAUCUAACAUUUAAGAAUUACCUUAUGUAUUUGAUGAUGCUUUGGAAAAUUUCGAAAAAACCAAACAAGCUGUCGCUUUCUUAAAAGAGUUGGAGCUUACGAUGAUGUUCUUAAAGUUAUUGAAACCAAAGCCAUAAGAGCUGGUUAAGGUAAACUUAGAAACAGAAGACAUAAACUUAGAAGAGGUCCUUUAGUUAUUUAUGGAAAACGAAAAUGCUACACCUACUAGAGCUUUGAGAAACAUUCCUGGUGUUGAUGUAUGCAAUGUAAACAGACUUAACUUACUCUAAUUAGCCCCUGGUGGGCACGUUGGUAGAUUCGUUAUUUGGACUAAAUCUGCUUUUGUUAAACUUAAUUAGCUUUUCGGUACUUACUCUUACACUUCUUAAGUUAAAUAAGGUUAUUAAUUAUAAAGACCUGUCCUUGCUAAUGCUGAUAUUGCAAGAAUUAUUAACUCUAAUGAAAUUUAAACUGUUGUUAGAUAAGCUAAAGAAACUGAACAUCAUUAAAGAAAGAAAAAUCCUCUUAAAAAUAAAAACUCUCUUUUCAGAUUAAACCCUGCUGCUAAAAUCAGCAAGGAAAAGCCAGAAAAGCUAACGAAGCCAACAGAGCCAAAAGAACAUAAACUCUUAAAUAAAAAAGAAAAUAAGCCAGAGCCUUAAAAAAAGGAUCUUAAGCUUGGAUUAGAGUCUUCAACGAUGCUAACUAAUAAGCCAUUAACAGAGCUAAAUAAGACGAAGCAAACUUUGCAGCUUAAGGAAAAGAAUUCAAAGAAGAAGAAAACUAAUGAGUGCAUUUAUAUGGCUUUUUUAAUAUAUAUAAUUGUAAUUUUAUUUUAGAAGUAUUUUUGUCAAUUUUUUAAAGUAAAAUAAAAAAAUACUGGAAUUAUGUUUUUUAUAUUUACAUGUUUAUGAUAAUAUUAAAUAUUUAAAUUUGCUAUAUCAAUA